UCCACCUCAGAAACCCUUCGAUGGAUAGACUAUGAUCCUCGAGUUGCAUUGCUCUUCGGUUCGAAUGUAAAUUUGGCUUUUCUGAUCAUUUUCUCUUCAUAGAUCCCUCCGCCAAAGAUUGUAUUCGCUUAGAAUUCACUUCCGGGUCCGCCAUUUUGUUGCCUCCAUUUCUCCACGAGGGGGGGUUAAAGGCCCCCAAAAUAUGCAUAUAUGAAAAGGCCAAAAAGUAACCGUCAGUGACAGGGAGUGUUAACUAGAGAAAGAAACGGGACCAAACUGGCGGGCUCGGUGAAAGCGCGGCCGGCAGCGUCCCGGACGAGGAGCUUCCCGAAAACAUUUGUUCCUAUGCAUAAAGAUGUCUUUGGUGGAUUUGGGGAAGAGGUUGCUAGAAGCAGCAAGAAAAGGCCAAGAUGAUGAAGUGAGAACAUUGAUGGCAAAUGGCGCCCCAUUCACCACAGACUGGCUUGGAACAUCACCCCUCCACCUUGCAGCCCAGUAUGGUCAUUAUUCCACAGCAGAAGUGCUCCUUCGAGCAGGCGUUAGCAGGGAUGCCCGGACCAAAGUGGACAGGACCCCUUUGCACAUGGCUGCAGCUGAUGGACAUGCACACAUCGUGGAACUGCUUGUUAGGAAUGGUGCAGAUGUGAAUGCCAAGGACAUGCUGAAGAUGACAGCUUUACAUUGGGCUACAGAACACCACCAUCGAGAUGUUGUAGAGCUACUUAUCAAAUAUGGAGCUGAUGUCCAUGCUUUCAGCAAGUUUGAUAAAUCUGCCUUUGACAUAGCCCUGGAGAAAAAGAAUGCUGAAAUUCUGCUCAUCCUUCAGGAAGCGAUGCAGAAUCAGGUGAAUGCUAAUCCCGAGAGAGCCAACCCCGUGACUGUGGCUGCCCCAUUCAUCUUCACAUCUGGAGAAGUUGUCAACCUCGCUAGCCUUGUUUCUUCAACCAACACCAAAACAACCUCAGUAGGUGACCCCCAUGCCUCCUCAGCACCACACUUGUCACAUUCCACCACCUCAGUGCUGGCCACCCUUGCAGCUCUUGCUGAGGCAUCAGCCCUCUUGUCGAACUCUCACAGAGCCGCAGCUAAUUCAGAGGAAGUCAUAGAGGGAAAUUCUGUUGACUCAUCAGUCCAGCAAGUGGUGGGGAGCGGAGGCCAAAGGGUCAUCACUAUAGUGACUGAUGGAGUCCCUCUGGGUAAUAUUCAAACUGCGAUCCCUACUGGAAGCAUUGGCCAGCCAUUUAUUGUAACUAUGCAAGAUGGACAGCAAGUUCUAACUGUACCUGCUGGUCAGGUUACAGAGGAAACUGUAAUUGAAGAGGAGGAAGAAGCAGAGAAGCUGCCUCUGACUAAGAAACCAAGAAUAGAAGAGAGGACAAACAGUGUGGAGGAGAGCAAGGAGGGCACUGAAAGAGAGCUACUCCAACAGCAGCUCCAAGAGGCCAAUCGAAGAGCCCAGGAAUACCGACACCAGCUCCUAAAGAAAGAACAGGAAGCAGAGCAGUACCGCCUCAAGCUAGAGGCUAUGGCCAGACAACAGCCCAAUGGAGUUGAUUUCACCAUGGUUGAAGAGGUGGCCGAAGUAGAUGCUGUAGUAGUGACAGAGGGGGAGAUGGAAGAGAGAGACACGGAAGAGAAUGGGGCAGGAGGGACCGUAGAGCCUCAUUCUGGAGUUCCCUUGGAAACUGUUUCAUCUUAAUGUGCGAGGGCCACAACUUGUACUAUGUCCAUCUAUUUCCUCUUUCCUCUUUUUAAAAGAAAAUACAGAGGACAGACAUUGUAUAAAAAUUAAGAAUGUCCUUAAGAAGAAAACUAUAGCAGGGUAACAGUGCUUGGGCUCAGGAAGGCUUGCUAUGCAACUGGAAAAUUCAAAGCCAAAUUUAGGAAAUACUUCUUUUGAAGGACCAAAAGAAUAAGGACCAAUUUUCUCAGCUCACAUCCCCACUUUAAACUUAGAGGUAAAAGAAUGUUGGAUGUUGUGGGUUGAUUGUUUUUUAAAUAACUGACUUUGUAUCAGAAGAUUUUAAGAUAACAUUCCUAGUAUAGACAUGCACAGAGCUUUUUAUAAUUGCAUCGUCAAGUGACCUUAAAUUUUGCCUUAUAUUUAUGACAUGUACCUGGUAGAGAAGAAAACUAAUUAGGAGGUGGGUGAGAAGCAAGGUUUUGGGAAGAGAAAAUAUAUGUUCUGCUUCCAAAGGAGCAGGCAUUCCCCCUAUCCUGAUUUAAUUUCACCAAAAAGAAAUUGGUAAUUGCCAACUCUGCAUCCAUUAUGUGUCCAUAAUUCAGAUGCCAGUUUAAGAAACUGAAGUGGAAUAUUUAAAAACUGGAAAGGAAAGAAACUUGUUUAUGUGGGAGAAGUGUAUGUAAAUCCAAAAUCCUCCAGGCUGUGCUUCACAAUGCUGUAAAGUGGCCAGGAAGAGGCUUGUGGGGUUAUAAAACAAUCUGGUCCCGAAAUACAAACUUUGCUCUGGCUGGAUUUUAUAAAAUUGAAAUCAGGAAGAUAGUCUGUUGCUAGAACAACUUGCUUCCACACAUUUAUUUAUAUAAUAUCAAGCUUUAAUAUCAACUUUUUAAUUUUAUAAAAUUUUAUUGAGUUUU